AUCGUAUUGUGGUGACGCCAGAUCGAAGAGUUUUGUUUUGUGUUCAACAGCUCUAAACGUCGUGCGGUCACCACUGUUUUGCGCUUCAUUAUUUACGCGCACACGACGAACGUUCUCGUUACGUUACCGAGUGCGAUUUAGAAAUUCUGGCGUAAGCUCGCGUUCGCCAGUUGAAAAACAACGAUUAGUCGGUCCGCGCGCUGCGCAACCUUAGUCGGUGCGCUUCUAGUAGAUUCCCGCAUCAGAAAUAAACAAACCCCCGAUUCAGGGCCAUUGCGUAAACAAUAACGCGUGUGAGUGUGUUUGAUUGCUGAGUGAAAUCCUCAAAGGAAAAAAGUGAAUAGUGAGCCUCCCGCAAUGGCACCUCCAGUAGCCGAAACCACCAUAGUGGCCACAAUUGCCGGCUUUACUGCAACGUCAACAGUUACAAACUCACUUCCAACGACAUCAACAACAAACAAAUCCCGCCGGAAGAGCUCAAUUGCCCUGGGCGGCAUCUCAUCCAAGGGCGCCGGUUUGACCGGAAUCAAUGGCACCGCCUGCUCCGUCAACGAGGACACCCUGAAGCUGAUCGAAUGCGUCAAAUCUCGCCCGGCGCUUUGGCAUCGGAAACAUCUGCGACAGCGCGUCCAAGUUGCGCACCACGGCUGGGAAGAGAUCCGCAAAUCGUUCAAGGCCACGGAAGUUUCAUCGCUCAAGGUGCGUUGGAAAACCCUGCGGGACAGCUUCCGGCGGGAGGUCAAGCGAAUCGAGGAUGGCGAGAUUGUGAACUCCAGUUGGCCACUCUUCGAUCGGAUGUCGUUCCUGAUCGGUCACUUCAGAACCCGGGAAAGUUACUACAAAAAUGAACCCAUCUCGUCGGAUUUGAAUCGAAAUUCCUGCAGCAGCCAAAAUAGCAAUGAUGGCGCGUGCCAUAAGAUGGGCUCUCAACCGGAAGAACCAGCUAGCUCCUCAAUGAUUACAACCACAGCAGCACUGGCUCAACCAGGUGACCAUGAACACAAUAACAUAGAAGUGGUUGAAGCAAUCACAAUUUAUCCUAACAUUAGAAAUGGAACCUUUGAGACCCUACCGGAAUCGGCUGCCGUUGGACCGGAACAGCACAUUGUCGAAACGGAUCCGGAUGAAGUGACUAUGGUCGAAACCUACGAGUCGCUACAGCAAGAAGACACAAUCGUAGAAGAGGAGGAGGACGACGUUAUUUUGGAACCGGUGUCCGCCCAUGACGAGGUAAUCGAAGUUCCGUCCGGGGUUUUUGGGGAGGUGACAUUUAAAAAUAAGCUUCGAGCUCGUAUCAAAACGGAACCCAUCGAUGGAGAGCAGAGGGACUCAAAGCCCUUUGUGGGCCCCGGUGGAAUGCUGGAAACCGAUUCGGAUUGGAAUUUCCUGAUGAGCUUACAUCCGUUUAUGAAGAGACUUCCGUCUAAAAAGAAUCUUUCGAUAAGGAUUAAAAUUCAGCAGCUGAUUGCUGAGGUGAUGGAGGACGAUGAAUAGUUGAAUAUAUUAGUUAAGUUUACAUCUGAAGGAGAAAUGAAUUUUGCCAUAGUCGAUUUUUCGGCAUACUGAAUUGAAAGGCUUUUUGUAGUAAAUACAAAUAAAAUGUUGAAUUUUUGUUUAAGAAAA